UUAAUUGUUUUUAAAAAAAUGUUAUUUUAUGUGUGAUCGUCCCUAUUUGCAUUAAUACAAAUUUUCUUUAGAAAACUAAUCUUUUUAAUCUAGUAAAAUAAAAAACUUAUAACUUUUUGAAAUAUUCUUCGCCAAGGCUCCACUAGAGAUCCCAAAAGUGGACGACACAAGGUGGCUGUCAAUCGAAUUGGCAGUCUCACGAAUACUGCAGCAAUGGGAAGAGCUGAAACUCCAUUUUAACCUAGCAGCGAGCAUAGAAAAAUGCCAUAACUACGCAUAUUUACUUUUUUUUAAAUCCAAUAUUGUCCGAGAUGCAAAGAGUAAAUAAGUGUUUCCAGAGCAGCAACACAAAUGGUACGGAAUUAUUAAAUGAUUUGACGUUGGCCAUUCAUUCAUUGAAAAAGGGCAUAGUUCCACCUGAUAUAGAUGUGGAUUUGUUGGAAACGGAGGAUGUCGAAAGAUAUGUCCACGAUGAUCUAGCGCAAGGAUAUGAGUUUGAGAAACAUGUAAAGUUAAUGAAAUUGGAUCCAUUAUCCGAAAAAGAGAUUCGAGACUGCUGCUCGAGAUUUUUAGUUGAGCUUAUUAAGCAACUCAAGCAGAGGCUUCCUGUGAACAAUGUGUUGCGCCACUAUUGGAAGGACUAAGUUGCCAAAAUAUUGGGAAAAUUGAAAGCGAAUACAAAAAAAUUCAUUUUGUUAAUUGGCAAAAUACGGACAACACAAAAAAAUUUUGGAUUGAAGUCAAUUCCUAUAUGGAUUCUGAAGGCAACAACACAUUUGCGGAGUUGGCUCGGGUUGCCACUAAUAUAUUAUCGUUGCAUUGCAAUGCAUUGCAAUAGUUAUGAUGUUGAGAUCAUGUCCCCAAUAAUUGAGG